AUGGCUGGCAGAGUUAAAGAGAUAGCAGAUAAAACAACAGAUAAGUGGGACAUACUUUUUGUUGAGAGAGAGAAGAAAGAAGAGAAGGAAAGACAAAAGGUAGAUAAGUCAUUCACUAAGGACACCCCUUCAGUAAUUUCAAAGGCACCGACACAUGUAGAAACUCAGCCUGAGGAAGAGAAAGUAGGGGAAGAAACAAAAGAUGACAUUGAUCUGGAGUCAGAAAUUAUUUUUACCAUGAAUGUGGACACUGAGGACUUUAACAUAGUAAUGGAUAAGGAAACAACCGAAGUUAAGAAAUCAGAAACCAUCCCUGAUGAUACUCAACUUAAUAUUGAGAUACUGAUAGAAGCAGAAGCUAAAACUGAAACUGGAACAAGGAAUGAACAAAGUAUAUCUGAACCAACAGAUAUUAAGACAGAUAGAAAGGUUGAAAACAAGAAUAAAAAUAAAGAAGGAACAAUGGACAAAGAAGAGGUUAAAAAUGGAAGCAAGGAAGCAGAAACGGUUAAGGAAUCCAGAGAAGAAGAAAAAAAAAUUGCAGAAUCAAGCACUCUGCCUAGAACUUCUACCAUGGAUUACCGACCAAUGAAUGUGACAGAUGUUGUAAAGUUGAUCAUAUUGCUGGAUCUUUAA